GCGACGGCAAGGGAGGAGGAUGGGGACCUCAACACGGGCUUCGCAGGUGCUACCGUGGAGGCGAGGGCUGCGCAGAGAUUCGGCGUGUGACUAGGAGCGCACCUGGGGUGGAUGGAUGAGAGAAUGGCAAACCCGGUCAGCGGAAGCGCCUGUCGUGGACCCUGAGCAGCGGCAACGCCAAGCUCCUCUCGGGCCAUGAGGAGUGCCCGGGCCGUCCGGCCGAGGAACGCCGUCGAGGCUGGCUGCAUCCUGGCGCUGAGUGGGUGAAGGUGAGAGGGGCGCAGGCGGCCGGGCUGCGCGGGAGAGCAGCGCCAUGGCGAAGGAGGAGUGCAAAGCGCUACUGGACGCGCUUAAUAAGGCGACCGCAUGCUACCACCACCUGGUGCUGACCAUCGGAGGCUCCGCAGACUCGCAGAACCUGCGAGAGGAGCUGCAGAAGACGCGCCAGAAGGCGCAGGAGCUGGCGGUGGCCAUCCGCGUCCGGCUGACGGCCCCGUUGCGCGACCGGAGCCUGGGCGCCGAGGAGCGCGCCGAAUUCGAGCGCCUCUGGGUGGCCUUCUCCGGCUGCCUGGACCUGUUGGAAGCCGACAUGCGGCGUGCACUGGCCCUGAGCACUGAGUUUCCGCUGCAGGCGCCGCGCCGGCCGCUGGUACGCACAGGGGUGGAAGGCGGCGCGACCGGCGUAGCGGCGCGCGCCCUGAGCGCCCGCAGCCUGCGGCACGAGGCGCAUCGCGACUUCGACGUGGAAGACCUGCACCAGCUGGAGCGGGAGAUCCUUCAGGUGGGCGAAAUGAUCCAGGAUAUGGAGAUGAAGGUCAACGUGCCCCGCUGGACGGUGCAGGCCCGGCAGGCGGCAGGUGCCGAGCUCCUGUCCAGCGCCAGUGCCGGCGUCUCCUCGGUGGGCGGCGUGUCGGUAGAACAGCGCACUGGGCCCUGCGACCUGAGCAAGGCCAAGGCCGCCACCAUCUUCAGCGCAGUGCUGCUGGCGGCUGUGGCCUUGGCUGUGUGCGUGGCAAAGCUGAGCUGACCCGUACCCGACGGGCCCCCGCCUCCACCAACCCCUCUCCGGAGACACCCCUGGAGAACGUCUGCAACCCCCUGGACUAGGGAUGGGAAUGGGGUCUGGCAUGUUUAAGGGGAGCGGUUCUAAAGCACAGUGUGUGUAACGUGUGUGUUUCUACGCGUGUUUCAAGCACACAUCUGCCUGGGCAGAAUGUGGCUUACCUCUUGCUGGCCCGGGAGGAGUUAAUUUUGCGCGGGCCACCAGGGCAUUAUCGCUAAUGUAUGCAAGAGCUUUAUCCCCUAUUAAUAGAAAACCGUUCUCAGUGACCUGAGAUUCUUCCCAGUUAAUACGUUACCGCCUGUGCUGCUGGGGCGUGUUUACGCUGAGGCUGAGCUUGGUGCCCCCACCCCUGCGGGUGAUUCCCAUUCUCGGAGAGAGACAGUUUGGAAAGAGGAUGGGGUGAAAUGAAGUGUGAGGUGAGGGCGCUGUUUUGUGUUUGUGUGUGUUGCUUUUGUUUCCUGGAACAAGAAAGCAAAUGGUAAUAAGAUGUGAGCAGUUUUUAUUACCUUCAUCCUUUGGGGCCUAAGCUUAGGAGAAUGUGUGUUCUUAUAGGGCAGGAUUACACACUUCUGCACCUACUUGCCUACUGAAAAUGACUCCCUGGGUGGGACACAAGCUUUGGGAAGGGACGCAGUCUAUCCAUACAAGCACUUUCUCCUUGACUGGAGCUUAUUUUUGUUCCAGAACUAGACCAGAGUUUUUGAUCCUCCUUUGGGGGAGGGCUGGGGAAUCCUCUUUGGAGCCCUUAAUCCUAACUAUCCCUUGGAAUUUGCUUGCUAGCCAGUAGGAGAGCUGGCUUUGGGGGGAGCUGCACAACUCCCUGACCUGGACACCCCCUGAGAGGGUCAAGUGACAUCACUGGGCUCAGAGGUUUUGAGCCAAUCAGCCCUGAGACUAGGUUAGAACGUAACAGCUUUAACUUCAAAAUUUAGGAGCUUUUUUUAAAAAAAAUCUUCUGUUUAAAAAAAUCAUAUGACCACAUUGUGUACUAUCAAAGCUAAUUUUUUGUAAAAGACAUUUGGCCACGAGUUCAUACAGUUGCCAAUGAAUCAUUACAUGAUGUCUUUACUUAAAUACUUAGAUUGCUAAACAAACAUCUCAUUUAUUUUGAAAAUCUGUCUUAAGGCAGGAGAUCAUAGCAUAAACUAUUGGAACCACAGGUGUAGAUGACAGAAGUUAAGUGGCCCUAGCUUCUUUGUGGCAAUAAAUAAGAAAAUGUGGAAAACACCCUAGGUCCCAGGCUAGAAUUUGCCUGAGCGGUACCACCAACUCCCCACCUGUGGUUCAGAGAGAGCGUUGCUGGGGAAGAAAGGCUGAGAAAACAGAUGCAUUUAACUCUAUAGAUAAUUUGGAAUAAAACCCAGAGACUGAUUUGGCUGAAAAGUGAAAAGAAUUUUUUUCUCUCUCUCUUUUUUACCCCAGAAGGGAGAAAGGGGACCAGGAGGAGGGAAUGGGUAGUGUUUCACAGGGCAGUUUGAAGGGCCAAGGGUCAAAAGUAAAUAUCAGUCCCAAGAGCUCAGUCCUACAGACCACCCUCCCAGCCUCACUCACCCAGGCCCACUCCUCAACACAGAUAGUUAAAUCACAGGACCUGUUUGUGUGUUUCUGUGAAAAUGGUUUUAAAAGAUCCACAACAUCUUAAGCUGAUUAAGAGUUCUGCAACAAUAACUAAUAAAAGGAACUCCUCCUGCUUCAUCCAGUCUGGAUGAAUCUGAAUUGGGCCAUGUCAAUUUCUUUUUACACCUGCCUUCCCAGGAUACCUUCAGAAAUGACAUAGGAAGUUUUCUAACUCCCCUCUUUCUCAUCCACCUGGGAUAUAGCAUGGACUCUGUCACCUCACGUCUCUCAGGCUGGAGCAUAUUGUGACCCGCUGUUGGAAAAUAUCCCUAAAAACCAAGCCCUAAAUAUAUUCUUUGACCUAUAUUGACCUAUAAAAUUGUGACUCUUUGUUCUUAUGAAGGUGUUUUGGUUCAUGAUUCAUCAGAAUCUUAUAGAAACAACCCGUUAGAAGCUGUGUAGUUAUCACUUCUCAGCCUUUUGGCUAAGAUCAAGUGUAGAAGUUGUGUAGUCCAUAGAGGGCAAUUGGAACAAGCGAAUGUCUUUAUUUUCACUCUUUCCAUCCACUUGACAGAUCCUUGAGUAUUUACUUACACGGGCAAUCUGAUGUGUACCUGGUUCUGAGAAUCCACUGCUCACUGAAAUCAGUGAUAAAGUACUGUACACACACCAAAAAAGCUGAAUUAGAAUGAAGGUAUUUAUCCCGUGGCUCUGUUAACCUAAACACCUCUUUGUUAAAUAUUCAUAAUAUUUGCCAUUAUUUGGGGUUAUAACAUUGCCUAAUAGAACUUUUUGCUCUGUGAUGCAAGCAAAAUCACCUGCUUGAGCAAUAGGCUGCCCUAUAACAAUAUCUUCC